AGAACUACACACAAUUUCAAAUAUCCAACUGAGUAAGAAGACUCUCUCCUUUCAUCCUGCCAGCGCCUCGCCGCUUUCCCUUCUCUUCCCCGCGUCCUUUGACCAGAGGUAUACAGCAAUGUUCUUCUUCUCCCUCCUGCUUGCCCUGCUUGCCUUGGCCUGUGACGCCACUGCGGCUCGCCAGACGAUGGAGGAAGCUGCCAUCGAUGCGCGCAAGAUGAUUGCUCAUGAGACUGUCGGCUCCUUGAUGUCAGUCUUUCAGCCUGGGGUACCACCGGAUGAGGCGCUUGUAGGGGCGCCCAUUGGCAUCAUGGAGUACUUUGCAGACUGCUCAGACGAUGGCACGCCGACACUGCUUAUGCUGGACAUUGCACCUAACACGCGGAAUUGGAAAGCCGGCUCGAACCUUACUCUGACACUACGAGAUCACGCUUGGAGCAAUCCUUUACAGCACGGUCGCAUGUACAUCAUUGGCGAGCCUGUUGCGGUUGAUCGACACGAGGCGAAGAGAAUUGAGCGAUGCUUUUUGAGACAACAUCCAGACAGCGCUUUGGUCGCGCCAGGUCGAGAUGUACACAGCUCGGCUUGGUAUCAAUUUGAACCAAGAAGCAUCUACUACUUCGGCGGCUUCGGAAGUGUCUCGUGGAUUGGUUUCAUUCCGCUAGAUUUGUACAAGAGCGCUGGCCGGAACCAGAUCUCUGAGGAUUCAUAUAAGAUACAGUUGUAGGGGACAUUUGUGCAUGGUGUGCAUGCUGCAGAAUCGUGAUUGACGUGCAUGAG